AUGGUUUUUGGUCUAUUUUACCAAAUUGGCGUUCGGGCCAUCCCUCGCACGGUCUGUCGGCGCUUCUUCCACAUAUCGCCCCGCCGUGACAAGCUGACAACCUUCAUGCUGAGUGACAUCGGCGAAGGCAUAUCCGAAGUAGAGCUGGUGCGGUGGCACAAGGCCGUUGGCGAGGAGGUCGAGGAGAUGGAGACGGUUUGCACCGUUCAAAGUGACAAGGCCGCAGUUGACAUCACGAGCCGAUACACGGGCGUAGUCAAGAAGCUUUACGUGGACACCGGCAACAUGAUCAAUAUUGGUUCGCCGCUGAUGGACAUUGACGCGGAGGAUGACACGGAGGUGCAUGCGGCCCCAGUGUCCGCUGAUGUUGCUAAAUCAGCACCUCAGGAACCUGCCGGCUCGUCAUCACCAACUCCUAACGAACCCUUCCAGCGUAAUAAGACAGAAGGCGUCUCCGCCACGCCAGCCGUUCGCCAGUUGGCCAAAAAACUUGAUGUUGAUUUGGAAUCGGUGCGUCCCACGGGUUCCAUGGGACAGGUGACACGUGAGGACGUCGAAAGGUUCGCUGCUAGCAAAAACGCGGGAUCGGAAGUCCCGGGCAAGUUCAUCAAAUUCAACUCCGUCGGUCGCAGCAUGGUGAAGAGCAUGGUUGCGUCUCUGGAGGUGCCGCACGUCACUGUGGGCGAGGACCUCGACCUCACCGAGCUCCGUAAUUUCUACCGUGAGAAGCGUGCCGUGGAGACCGAUGUGAAGCUUACCAUGACUCCAUUCCUGCUCAAGGGAUUGUCCCUCGCUCUGUCUGCCAGCCCCGUGAUGAACUCGAAGUUCAUGGGCGACGGUUACAUGGAGUACUCGGAACACAACAUCAACGUGGCAGUUGCGACGAAUCACGGUCUGCUGGUACCUGUCAUCCACAACGUGGAGUCGAAGACCGUGCGGGAACUGCAACAUGACCUGCUACGCGUGCAGCGCCUUGCCGCGGAAAUGCGCCUGUCACCCGAGGAUAUUCGCGGCGGUACGGCGACUCUGAGUAACCUUGGCGCCAUCGGAGGCACCUACGUUAAUGCGCGUCUGUUUGGCGGGCAGGGGACCAUAGUGGCGCUCGGCGCUGCGCGGAAGCAGCCCCGCUACGUCGGCGACGCGCUCGUACCGCGCGAGGUAGCGAUAAUGGGCGUCACUGCCGAUCACCGCCACAUAGACGGCGCGGCGAUUGCCACUUUCGCCGCGAACUUGAAGGCCAUCCUCCAAGACUUGGACAAAAUGGUACAGCAUUACUGA